ACAAGUACUCCUUUUCUUUUUGAAAAGAGAGAAUACAGCAGAAAGCUUACCUCUGUUACUGCACCAGGUAACUUUUCUAUUUGCUACUCAAAGACUCGGACAAUGUUUCAACAUGUAUGUCCUAGCAUGAUGGUGACUGAGUUAUGACUCAAAGCAAGGAUUAAACAAAAUUCUGUUCUAAGGGCCAUCUUGAAAAUGGAUGUGCUUAAAGCAUUUCCUUGGAUAAUAAGGAACCUCUUGUACUACUUGGUUUGGAAUCUGAAAAGGGAUCAAAGUCAGCUGGGAUGGGCUGGAACAACAUUCCUGUACUACUGUGUGCCCGCAUCUGUUUCUGUAGCCUUUGUUCUUAAGCUUUUUUUUUUUCAGUUGCUAAUCCUAGUGGGACAGAUUCUGCUGCCUUCCUCUUGCUGAUUAGUACCUUACUAACAGUGGUGCAAAUAGAAAUCAUUUCUUGCCGGUACUGCACUCAUGGGAGGGACACAAGGGGACAUCAUGUGACUCCUCCCCGGCCCCAGCCCAAGGCUCCCAUGCUCUCCCCAUCCCCUCUGACAUCCCACUUUGUAUAUACAAUGAUCAGCAUGCUUAACUACUCACUUUCCCCCCAAAUAUGUAGUAUUCGGUCUGUUUAUAUGGAAUAUGGGAUUUGAGUGAGGAGCCAUUUCAGCAUACGUAUGACUUACUAAAAGACAAAUUUUAAGUACAACUGUGUCAUAAACUGCUGUAUGGUAUUGUAUUCAAACAUUGCAUUUCAAUGGGGGAUUCAACUUCCUUUAUAGGAACAGACUCCUGAAACUCUUACCGGCCCACAAAAGUGAUCCAUAGUCAUGCAAAUAGUCCCAUUGUCUUCAAUGGGAUUGAUCAAAUGAUUAAGGGUUUACAGGAUUAGGGUCCAAGUUUGUAAAUUGUUCUGGAUGAAACUGACAAUGCCUGAGCUGUCAGAUCAGAAGGAGCUUCAUUCGAAUAAAAACGAGCAAAUGUGUGAUAAGACUUAGCUCCGUUGCUAAGAUGAGGAACAUAUUUUCAGCAAAGUUCUAGGCAGAUUCUUGUGGCAACUGGCUGGUUUAAGGCUGUCAGUGUCCGGCAUUGUAAUCUUCACUUAUAGUUCUCUCAUGAACAAAGCUGGAAAAUGAGGUAUUUGUUUUCUUUGUUUUGCUGCUCCAAUUCCAGUUAACAAAAUGCAUGUUAGACUAGUUUGGCUGCAAAGAAGAAUUCUGUGUACACUGGGGACAACACCUGAUUCCUGUCAGGCUGAGGAACUAGGCUGACAUCAGACUCCAAACAUCCUCUGGUCAGUGCAAGCAGAGACAUUCCUCUAAUGAUUUGGACUUGAUGUGAUGCAGUAUGGAUGUCAUGGAUAAUUCAGAACAAUGGGGAGAAACCGAAUCGAAAACACUGUUUAAACACCUUUCGUCCCCUCCCCUCUUGAGGACUCCUGACCAAUGUAACAGCACAAUACAUAUGCUAACAAACUUAAACAAAGCCUUGCCGUUUUCUGCUCCUUUAAGGAGCAGAGUGCAGCGCCCCCCUCCCCAAGUCUUUCCGGUAUCCCAUACCCACUAAAAAUCUCUUGCUGAUACUGCGUAUUGGAGGGUACCGCUCUACUUGCACCACUGCUUACUAAUGAGUAGAACCAUUUUCUUUACUAGGACUACUUGUAGAGAAAGUUACCUCUCAGUGUGAGGAUGGGUGGCAGAACAGGGAUACUAAGGGACUGACUAUUUCUCCCACUUACGUUCUUCUCAAUUCUACUUUAGUUCCCCAUAAUGUUAAAUUGUUACCAUUUGCUCAAGCGUGACACUUUGUUUAUUUUUGGUUUCAUUAAAGUUUUUUACAGACAGAAUUACUCAUCUUGUCCAGAGUAAAUAUUUACACAUGCUUAGAUGGAAGAGAUUUUGUAGGCACAGCAGUGUUAUUGAACAGCUUUAUCCCCUCUAUCAGGUAGGAAAUCAAAAAAUAGAAAUAUUGCAUAUGUGCAUGAUAUGUUCAUGGUGUUUGAGAUGGCUGUCUUGCACUUAAGUGACAAAGCCAUAAAGGAUAAGGAUCUUCUGUAAAGCACUGAGAUCUUCAGAUGAAAGGUGUUCAUAUGGUAGCACAUAAAAUGUGCUAUGCGGUUUCCAGCAAGAGAGGAGAACACACCACCUACCCUAAGAAUGUACUGUGAGUGGAGGGAAAGGAAUAUUGAAUACAAGUGUUUGGGGGCAUAAACGUGUGGCCUUUUAGUACACGUUUGUGGUUUAUUUUCAAAGGUAACCACUAGAUGCCAAAUGUUAUCAUUACUAUUUAUUAUGUAGGUCAUUUCAAGAGCAUCAGAAAGACCUUUUAUAUCACCCCCUCCCCAAAGUAUUCUUCAUAUGCCAUAUGUUAGCAGAAUAUAGUUUAGAAACUUCAAAAACAUUUUGCUGGUACUACGUUUGUUUUCUUCCCUCCACUUGUAAUUCAGACGUUUUUAGUGUUAUGAGUCCAACUAUACAUUCUCGUAAAGAGCCCCUGUCACUGUAAUGCUCAAAAAUACCAGAGCUUUGAAACUAGUAUGGCAAUGGUCUUAACACUGUAAUCUCACAUUUAGCCCAGCAAGCUACUAAGUCAUUAAAACCACAUCACUUGGCAGCUGUGGAAUUAUAUGGGUUUAUUCAAUAAAAUCUGUUUUUGUGGCUGAAAACCACAGGCUUUAGAAUAUAGGCCCCUUCUGAAUCUCCCUGACAGAUUAUCAUUUAAAAAUGAAGCAAAAGCAGUUCAAGAAGAGUCGAGUCCAGUCCAGGAAAGUGGAAGGCUCUUACCCAUUCCAGCUUUCCAUGCCCUCAUUUAUUGUAUUUCAAAGAAUGUAGCACUUGUUUCGUUCAGCGCAGGUUCCUUACAUUUCCAGGAGAAACACUUCUCACAGAAAAUAAAUUGUGAGUUGUAUUAGUGGUGGAAGCUGAAAUGUGACAUUAUGAAAUAAUAAAUGUUAGGGUACAAUAGUUUAAAUGCUCCUCUUGACAACCUAUUCUUAUUGAUUUAAAUAUAAAAUGUUUAGUGACUGUGAGCAUAGUAAAUUUGUUGAUUGCAUUUUCUGGUUAGUAUGUUAUGCAGUUGUAUUGUAAAUAUCUGUAUUGUUUACCAACUCUAAAUCAAUAUACAUAAUGAAAAUAUCAGCAAAGAUAAAGUGGAUACUGCAAGAAUCCUGUUGGUUGUAGACACAGACAGAUUAUGGUUAUUUUCCAGCAUUUUGUUAUGCUAGCAGUGUGGAAGCACAGUGUCAGAGAUGCUAAAGCUGUUUCUACCUUCCACCAUGGCAGGUUUAUCAAUUUAAAAAAAAAAUGCUACUUAAUACUUGAGCAAACUUUUAAAGACAGGAAACUCAGAGAAGAGGUAAUAGGUUAUGGAGCCAGUCACUAGCACUCAAUCUACUUGGUAAUCUCUGUGACACAAGUUGGUGGUUUCAGUGCAUUUUCUAAUGGACUGUUGUCCAGAUCAUAUGCCAUUACCACAACUGGCACUUACUGGCAGCCUCCUAAAAGGGGCCAAGGACUGAAUGGACAUGGAAACUGAAACAACCCUCCAUUUCUACCACGAACCAGAGUAGAUGCACACUGGCAGCGCACAUGAGGAAACUUUCGCUGCUCUGGCAUGUGCUGAACCUCUGUGAUUGGCGAAAGGCCCAACUGUAGCACAAGAACUACUGUGUGCUAGUGUGAUUCUAUGCAACAGUUGUGGGGGUUGGUGUUGUAACAGCCUGGGAGAGUAUUUUAGGCGAGUGUGUAUCGGGGAAACUAUAAUAAGGAAUAAUGUUUAACUUAGUUUUUAAUUAGUGCUUGUGCAAAACUUGGGAUGUUGUUGCUAAAUGAGGAAAAAGUUACUUUCCACUUUCUGAUGAGCUCUAGUUUCCACCAAGAGCAUCAGGUAACUAGGGAUGUCAAUCUAGAACAUUCACUAGCAUUAAAUUUCCUAAAAAUAUACAAGGAAAAAUUGUUUUUGAAAAGGUUUUUGUUGUUUCAUUCUAAAAGCAUGAUGUAAACUGGUGAUCUGAUGUCACAAAUGCCACUUAUUUUUUAUCCAAGUAGUCAUUGCCAUGUGGAGAAUGGGGUGUAUUUAACUGGAAAAAAGAUUGUGGAUGAUUUUGAGUUUUUAUACAUUCGGAUUUUAGACAGCUGGGUAUAUUAAUUACAGCUUCUUUUACUGUCAAAGAUGACUGCUAAUAAAUUCUCUGUUUGAGACUGGAGAUGACCUUUCCUCUUAUCCCUGGUCUACACUACGAGUUUAGGUCAGAUUUAGCAGCGUUAGAUCAGUUUAGCCUUGCACCCUUCCACACUAUGAAGCCAUUUUUCCUGACUUUAAGGGCUCUGAAAACCAGUUUUUGUACUCCUCCUCAACGAGCGGAUUAGCGCUGAAAUCGACCUUGCUGGGUCCAAUUUGGGGUAGUGUCGACGCAAUUCGACGGUAUUGGCCUCUGGGAGCUAUCCCAGAGUGCUCCAUUGUGACCGCUCUGGACAGCACUCUCAACUCAGAUGCACUGGCCAGGUAGACAGGAAAAGCCCUGUGAACUUUUGAAUUUAAUUUCCUGUUUGGCCAGCAUGGCGAGCUGAUCAGCACAGGUGACCAUGCAGUCCCAGAAUCGCAAAAGAGCUCCAGCAUGGACCAAACGGGAGGUACUGGAUCUGAUCGCUGUAUGGGGAGACGAAUCCAUGCUAUCAGAACUCCGUUCGAAAAGACGAAAUGCCAAAAUAUUUGAAAAUCUCCAAUGGCAUGAAGGACAGAGGCUAUAACAGGGAUCCGCAGCAGUGCCGUGUGAAACUUAAGGAGCUCAGGCAAGCUGACCAAAGAACCAGAGAGGCAAACGGCCACUCCAGGUCAGAGCCCCAGACAUGUCGCCUCUAUGAUGAGCUGCAUGCCCUUCUAGGGGGUGUCCCUACAACUACCCCAGUCCUGCGCAUGGACUCCAUCAAUGGACUCUCACACAACAGGGAUGCGGAUUUUGGGGACGAGGAAGAUGAGGAGGAGGAGGUUGAAGCACAGCAAGCAAGCGGAGAAACCAUUUUCCCCGAUAGCCAGGAACUGUUUUUCACCCCAGAUCUAGUACCCUCCCAACCCACCGAAGGCAGGCUCCUGGACCUAGAAGGUGGAGAAGGGAGCUCUGCUGCAAAUGUUUCAUCGCUCCACAUUUCAUCUCCAUCCCAGAGACUAUCAAAGAUUAGAAACCGAAAAAAACACACUCAUGGUGAAAUGUUCUCUGAACUCAUGCAGUCCUCCCAUGCUGAAAGAGCCCAGCACAAUGCAUGGAGGGAGACAAUGUCAGAGUCUAGGAAAGCACAAAAUGAACGCGAGGAGAGGAGGGACGAGCGAGAGGAGAGGAGGCAGGAUGCAAUGCUGAGGCUACUGGAGGAUCAAACUGAUAUGCUCCGGCGUAUGGUUGAGGUGCAGGAAAGGCAGCAGGAGCACAGACCACUGCUGCAGCCCCUGUGUAACCAAUCGCCCUUCUCCCCAAGUUCCAUAGCCUCCUCACCCAGAUGCCCAAGAAUGCAGUGGGGGGGCCUCCGGGCACCCAACUACUCCACCCCAGAGGACAGCCCAAGCAACAGAAAGCUGGCAUUCAACAAGUUUUGAAGUACAGUGUGGCCUUGUCCUUCCCUCCUUCACCACCCCACCCAGUGCUUCCCUUCUGCCAGGCUACCUUGGCAGUUAUCCCCACAUUUGUGUGACUAAUUAAUAAAGAAUGCAUGAAUUUGAAACAACAAUGACUUUAUUGC